CCCCUUGACAAUCGCAUUCCCACACAUCUGAUCAUCUCGGAGAGCGUUGUGCGCUCCAGUGUGCCUGGCAUGCCGCCUCGAAAGGCUCCAGGCCAGGCUCGGCCCGACAAUGUCGCAAUGAUGGCCGCCUUCACAUCGUCAUCGCCGCCUUUCUACCCUCGCCCUGCGGAUGGCUCGCAUCCACCUCCCACCAGUGGGCCCUCGCGACUUCAACGAUCCAACUCGCAGACCAGCUCCUCGGCGAGUACCAAUGACUGGAUUAGCACUCCUCCGCCUCAUAGCGGCGCAAGCAACACACAAACUCAGCCGCGUCAGUCCUCGUCUCAGCGGCCUCAGAGGAUAAGGCGUGCACCGGCCAGAGUGACCAUCGACUUUGAGGAUGACGAGGGAGAAGGCACAGCCUCUUCAUCGUCUGUCAUGAGGAGGGACGAGGAGAGCGAAGGAAGCGACUUUGAUCCCGAGGAAGCUGAUGGCGAGGACGAUCAAGACGACGAUGUUGAUGAAGAAGACGGGGAUGAGGACGACCCGGAGGAUGAGGACGACGAUGCACGCGUCGCGACAAGGGAGCCAGAUGACGAUGAUGAUGACCCAGUCAUCGGUGUAGCCCCUCGAGUAAUUCCUCGAGCUAGUGCUGCCGCCAAGUCCCCUAAGAAGGCGAAGAAACAGAAGCAAAGAAUGUCCACCAGCCGACCACGCAAGCCAAAGAUAUUGAGGGCCAGCGGUGACGCCUCAGAUGGCGCAUACGGUCGCUAUCGCCCCUACAUCGUUGAUCGUACCAUCGGAUCAUCCGCUCGUGCCUCUAAUGGUAUGAACCUCACUCGCGAGGAGCAGCGUCCACUGUUCUUCCCCUUCUCCAUGGGCGGGCAGCUACUUCGCGUGCCCGACCCAAUGCUUUCACUUUCAGACGUGGGCAAGGAGAAGGUCCGCCUCGAUACGAUCAACGAGCAGGACAGACAAGUCGACUUUUCAGAUGAGUCUAUACACGCCUGGCAACAUGUGACACACUGGGCCUUGUUGGGAAGGUGGAAGGAGCAUAAUAAGAGCUUGGUUGCUGAUUGGGGAUGGGAUGCGGGUAAGGGCUUCGUUUAUGAUGACGAGAAUGAUGACAAGGAGCUUGUGAGGGAGGCUUGGAAGGAGAAGGCGGCCGGAGACGCGCAGAUGGCGGAUGGAGAUCAUCGCAGUGUGCUCGAAAGCGCUCGCGGCGUGAUGCUGCUGGGAUUGGAGAGCAAAGAGAAGGGCUGGCGGUUCGUUGAUAGCACGCGAGCGCAUCGCUACGUUCCACCUCCUGCAGACCCACUGCCGGCGGUUCCCACCGACGCUAUCAAGACGGUCGGAGAUCUUGUGGAGCGUCCACCCCUGGUCAACAAUGCUCGCGGCGACUACAGCCUCGCUCUUAACCUCGAUGAAGGAGACGAUGUGGAAGUCAAGAGGGAGAGCUCGACGAGCUUGGAGUCCUUCGGCCUGGGGGCGUCCGGCUUUGUCUACAAUGCGGGCUCCUUCAUCUCUUCACUAGACUGGGCGCCAGCCUCGCACAUCUCCUCUCCGCACCCUGAGUACCUCGCACUUGCUGUCAGCCUGACCAGCCCUCCAGGCGCCGUGCCUCAGCAUGCUCUAGGGGAGCGAAGCGACGCGCCUGGAGCUAUCCACAUCUUAGGUCUCAGUCACGGGGAAUGCCGCCUCGAGUACAAGAUCGCGAUCAAGGAAGCAGAAGUGCGCCAAGUGCUCUGGAGCCCGAGGGGGUGGGAUCAUCGUGAGCCGCCUGAAGUAGGCCAUUCAGGAUAUGCCGGGGCGGGCCCACCACCAAGAAUCGGCCUUCUCGCCGUCAUGCUAAGCAAUCGCAAGGUGACGAUCUUCGCACCGCCUCACCCGGACGUCAUCCACAACAGCGCAGGCAAGGGCAAGGACAACAAUCGCGACGAAUGCAGCGCCCCCCUCGUCGAGCUUACACCUCUUCUUGAAUUACCCUUCCACGGCGCCUCCCGUCAACCGACUUGCAUCGCCUGGGGAUCUGGCGAGCUCCUCGCCGCAGGCUGUGUGGACGGAUCCGUCUCAGUCUGGCCGGUCGGUGAGCAUCUUCGUUCGAUCGGCAUGACUUGGCCCUCUCCUUGGAUCUUAGCCUGGGAGCGCAGUCCUCCGCCCUCCCACCACAUCCACCCAGUAGAAGGUACAGUCACUUCGCUCUCCUUCCUCAAUCUCCCUCGACGCUCCGCGACGGGACGAGACCUACUCACGUACUCUGAUACGGCCUCCUCCAAGCUCGGAGAUGGAGGUGUAGAGGGAUUUGAACAGGACUCUGCGCCGCACAUUCUUCUGGUCUCCUCGCUGGAUGGAACACAGCAGAUCGUCGACCUAGACGCGCCCGAGCUACUCUGCGGCGAAGCGACGCGCUUGCGCGAGCCCCUUUACACCUCUAGCUUCAUGCCUGCCUUCUUGGGCUGCUGGCUCGUAGAGCGAGGAGGCGGAGAGAAUGCGGUGCGACUCAUGAAUCCGCGCCCGGACAACUACGGGCGAUCGCACGGGUUGACGUCGCAUCGUGGCAGGGUGACGGCGCUGAGCGGGAGUAGGUAUCACCCUCUUGUGGCGAGCGGAGCGGCGGACGGCAGCGUCAAGGUGACGAAUGCACUGCUCAGCGUCUCGAGGACGGCAAAGAUGGUCGAUGGAAUGCUGUUCAGACUGGAUAUCCACCGCUCCUCCGGGAAGCUCAGAUUCGUGGACCGGGUACUACCGGAGGACUUGGUCGAUACGGCGAAGAAAGAGGAGAACGGAGAGGGGGACGAUGACGAUGAUGAGGACGGCCAGAAAUCACUCUCGCAGCUGAAUCUCCUCUCUCAGAACUCGGCUUGGCAUCCAGCCGUCCGCGUCACUGGAUUGGCGUGGAGCCCCAACGUACAGACGCCCUUCUUGUUGGCAAGCGCUACGGCAGCGGGUCUGGUAAGGAUCGACUGGCUCGCUGCGACGCAGAUGCUGGCAAGAAAGGGAAAAGGUGGAAAGAAGAGGGUAAGAUCAGAGACGGAUGAGGAAGGAGAGGAGGGAGAGGAGGGAGGAGGAGAGGAGGAGGACGCAAACGGCCACGGCGAAAUUGACGAGAGGGCCGAGUGAGAGGCCUGCGACGUCGAGAGCUUUGUCUUGAUCAACAGGCUCUUUCAAUGUCACCUAUUUCGAAUCGUG